AUGGCAGAUGCUAUUGUGACAGAUGACAACACAAUUGGGAUAAAAUGCUUGGCUGAACAAUUACUGAAGCGUUGUUUACAAAAUACUUGUAGCUCGCCAAAAAAACCAAAAGAGCUCGCCAAAAAACCAAAAGAGCUCGCCAAAAAACCAAAAGAGCUCGCCAAAAAACCAAAAGAGCUCGCCAAAAAACCAAAAGAGCUCGCCAAAAAACCAAAAGAGCUCGCCAAAAAACCAAAAGAGCUCGCCAAAAAACCAAAAGAGCUCGCCAAAAAACCAAAAGAGCUCGCCAAAAAACCAAAAGAGCUCGCCAAAAAACCAAAAGAGCUCGCCAAAAAACCAAAAGAGCUCGCCAAAAAACCAAAAGAGCUCGCCAAAAAACCAAAAGAGCUCGCCAAAAAACCAAAAGAGCUCGCCAAAAAACCAAAAGAGCCCGCCAAAAAACCAAAAGAGCCCGCCAAAAAACCAAAAGAGCCCGCCAAAAAACCAAAAGAGCCCGCCAAAAAACCAAAAGAGCCCGCCAAAAAACCAAAAGAGCCCGCCAAAAAACCAAAAGAGCCCGCCAAAAAACCAAAAGAGCCCGCCAAAAAACCAAAAGAGCCCGCCAAAAGAGCUCGCCAAAAGAGCCCGCCAAAAGAGCCCGCCAAAAGAGCUCGCCAAAAGAGCCCGCCAAAAGAGCCCGCCAAAAGAAGCUCGCCAAAAGAGCUCGCCAAAAGAGCUCGCCAAAAGAGCUCGCCAAAAGAGCUCGCCAAAAAACCAAAAGAGCUCGCCAAAAAACCAAAAGAGCUCGCCAAAAAACCCAAAGAGCUCGCCAAAAAACCAAAAGAGCUCGCCAAAAAACCAAAAGAGCUCGCCAAAAAACCAAAAGAGCUCGCCAAAAAACCAAAAGAGCUCGCCAAAAAACCAAAAGAGCUCGCCAAAAAACCAAAAGAGCUCGCCAAAAAACCAAAAGAGCUCGCCAAAAAACCAAAAGAGCUCGCCAAAAAACCAAAAGAGCUCGCCAAAAAACCAAAAGAGCUCGCCAAAAAACCAAAAGAGCUCGCCAAAAAACCAAAAGAGCUCGCCAAAAAACCAAAAGAGCUCGCCAAAAAACCAAAAGAGCUCGCCAAAAAACCAAAAGAGCUCGCCAAAAAACCAAAAGAGCUCGCCAAAAAACCAAAAGAGCUCGCCAAAAAACCAAAAGAGCUCGCCAAAAAACCAAAAGAGCUCGCCAAAAAACCAAAAGAGCUCGCCAAAAAACCAAAAGAGCUCGCCAAAAAACCAAAAGAGCUCGCCAAAAAACCAAAAGAGCUCACCAAAAGAGCAGAACAACAGACCUUGCCCCAUACAUGGGAUGAAAAGGCGUGCAUCCCCAGGAAGGAGAAGUAA